GUCCGAGCCUGUCGGGACUGAGGCUGCGCACCUCUGUUCUCCACGACUCCAGCUCUCUCCUCUGCGAGUCUCCGCGCUCACCAUGCGCUGCGCCCCGACGGCCGGUGCGGCCCUGGUGCUGUGCGCUGCCACCGCCGGGUUGCUGAGCGCGCAGGCCCGCCCCGCGGACCCUGAGCCGCAGCGCCCCGCGUCCUGGGACGAGGUGAACGUGCUGGCGCACGGGCUGCUGCAGCUCGGCCGCGGGCUGCGCGAACACGUGGAACACACUCGCGGGCAGCUGGACGAGCUGGAGCGGCGCCUGGCCCAAUGCGGAGCGGCGUGCCGGGGACCCGGGGCGACCCCCGCUCCCUCUAGGGACCCUGGCAGUGCGGUCGCCCGCGGCGAGGAGCCACCCGAGACCCUCCGCGGCCUGCAGACUCAGCUCAGGGCUCAGAACACCAGGAUAGAGCAGUUGUUCCAGAAAGUGGCCAAGCAGCAGCGACACCUAGAGAAGCAGCACCUGAGAAUCCAGAAUCUACAGAGCCAGGUUGACCACCUGCCUCCCAUGCACCUCGGUAAUGGGGUGUUGGACCCUGCCGGAAGAAAGAGGCUCCCCAAGAUGGCCCGGCUCGUUGGCCCGGCCCCCAAUGCCACCCGCCUGCACAGGCUGCCACGGGACUGCCAGGAGCUUUUUGAGGAGGGCGAGCGGCAGAGCGGACUGUUCCAGAUCCAACCUCAGGGGUCCCCACCAUUCCUGGUCACCUGCCAGAUGGCCUCAGACGGAGGCUGGACGGUGAUUCAGAGGCGCCUGAACGGCUCGGUGGACUUCAAUCAGCCCUGGGAAGCCUACAAGGCGGGCUUUGGCGACCCCCAAGGCGAGUUUUGGCUGGGCCUGGAGAAGAUGCAUCGCCUCGCUGGCGACCGCGACAGCCGCCUGGCGGUGCAGCUGCGCGACUGGGAGGGCAACACCGAGUCGCUGCGCUUCCCGGCCCGCCUGGGCGGCGAGGACACGGACUACAGCCUGCAGCUCGCGGCACCCGUGGCCACCGAGCUGGGUGCCGCUGCCUCCAGCACGCCCAGCGGCCUCUCCCUGCCCUUCUCCACGUGGGACCAGGACCAUGACCUGCGCGGGGACCUCAACUGUGCCAAGAGCCUCUCCGGUGGCUGGUGGUUUGGGACCUGUGGCCACUCCAACCUCAAUGGCCAGUACUUCCACUCUGUGCCCCGGCAGCGGCGGCAGCGCAAGAAGGGGAUCUUCUGGAGAACCUGGCGGGGCCGCUACUACCCGCUGCGGGCCACCACGGUACUGCUUCAGCCCGAGGCCGCCUAGCUCCUUGGCGGGCCCAGGGGACAGUGACUUUGGCUGUGGCCCAAAGACAUGGCUGCGUUCCUCCCGGAAGCGGUCCAAACCGGAUCAUCAGGCACCCGGAGCUCAGAGAGGACACGGGGUGCAGAGCCGCUGGAGCGGGGCGCAGGCCUCGGCCGCCGGGAGAUCCAUGGGGCGCGGAUCCCGGAGCGGGCGCGGGGCCAAGCGGGAGAAGGCCGCUUCUCACCUGCCCGAAGAGCAGGGACACAGAGGGACCAGAGGCCGGCCGGGCCGGCCAUCCGGGAGCUGUCUUGUGUGGUACUGUCUCCCAGCCAUGCCCGUGGAGGUGGCUGGGCGGAGCUCAGAGUUCGUGGAAUAAAAGCAACCUGGGAACGUUUUGUUCUUC